GGUCAACAGACUUCUUCUUGCCUCAACUUUCAAGAAGUAUUCAACCGACGUCUUUUGAGAACCACCAAAAGAACCUCGGAAGAUUCUUCAUCGAAGAACUCUGACUUGUGAUUGAUUUGGUCCAUCUACCAGUGCGGCGACAAAACACAACAUGGUGCAGAUCUUCGCCGUGCUGGCCUUGGCCACACAGGCUGUCGGAAGUGCUUUGACGAAGCUGGCGGACAAUGCACAGCACGUACUGUCUGAUCCCGAAAUCAAUUCAGCCACAGAUGCUUCCACAGUCAUAGAUGAGUUGAAGAAGGCUGAGAUCAUACCAACUGUCAUCGAUGGGUUCCUGCCAUCUCUCCUAGUCGGUGUGGACUGGCCCUCGAGCAAGCAUGCCGACCUAGGGAACACCGUCAAGCCCAAGAAGCUACAGGACGAGCCCACCAUCACCCUCACCCGGCCCGGGUCCGAAACGGGCUCUUGCCGCUCCAUCGCCAACGUCACAUACACUGUGACCAUGACUGACCCCGAUGCACCGUCUCGCGAUGACCCGAAAUGGUCCGAGAUGUGUCACUGGAUCGCCACGGGCCUUGCCGUCUCAGACGGCGAUCAAGACUCGUCCUGCUCCUCGUCGCUGACGCUGUCUCUGGCGGGCCUUGAGGAAGUCAUGCCCUAUAAACCACCGGGACCCCCUGAAAAGACAGGCAGGCAUCGAUAUGUCUUGAUUGUUUUCGCACCCGCCAACGGGACCACGGACCCCAUUCACCCCAAGAAGCCUGAGGACCGGCAGCACUGGGGCUAUGACUUUGAUGGCGAGAGCGUUGGCGUGCGCAGAUGGUCUCAAGAGAACGGGCUGGUGCCAGUCGCCGCAAAUUUCAUCUACUCCAAGAACAAGAAGCAGUGAUGUAUCAGUUGGUUCUCGGAUCUGCGAAUAAAGCAUCUCGGUUUCGACUAACCGCGAUAACUAACAUCUGCUGUCUCCAUUAAAGUGUUGGAGAUUAGAUGGCAGUUUGUGACUCAAUGGAAUGACUUUUGUUCGGGGUCCGCUACGCGGCAACAGUAUCUACACACUGCACUGCUUGGGAAAUGCUCCCUGCGCAAGUUUCCAUAACGCGAGUCUCUCUUGAAACAACCGUUUUAUGACACGAUAUAGUGUAACCACAAAUUCACAGGUGGACAGAAUGGUCCAGUUGCUCUAUG